AUAACUGGAGCUUUGCCACUGAAGCGGAAACCGGAUGUGGCGACAAAAAGUCGUUGUCGUGACGUGACUUGUAGGACGCUGUCUGCCACUAGUGUGGGGUUGGCGGAACUGUGCGGGGCAGUAACUGGGCAUCCCGGUUUUCGAGUGAAAGAACAGGGACCAAAGGCAUAUCGGUACUGGUGUCGUUUAGACUACGCAGAGGGGAUUAUUGGAACGCUUCUUGUAUGAGUAAAACACUUCCUAUUUGCAAUAAAAAGAGGAAGGAAGCCAUUUUCCUGACAAGAUACUCAGUGGGUUGCGGAAGUAAAUAGCUUAUUCGAACACUUCGAAAAGAGGGACAACUUUGUUUGGCACGAAACAUGACGGGUAAAUCCGUAAAAGAUGUUGACAGAUACCAGGCGGAGCUGACCGCCCUGCUGCUGGAGGAGGAGAACAAAUUCUGCGCUGAUUGUCAGGCGAAAGGUCCAAGAUGGGCAUCAUGGAAUAUUGGAGUUUUUCUCUGUAUUCGCUGUGCGGGUAUCCACAGAAAUCUUGGAGUCCAUAUUUCGAGAGUUAAGUCUGUCAAUUUGGAUCAGUGGACAGAAGAGCAAAUACAGUGUAUUCAGGAAAUGGGAAAUGCUAAAGCAAACCGAUUAUAUGAGGGGCACCUGCCAGACAGCUUCAGAAGACCACAAACAGAUCAAGCUAUUGAAAGUUUUAUCAGAGAUAAGUAUGAGAAGAAAAAAUACUUUGAUAGAAGUAUUGAUAUCAAUGCCUUCAGGAAAGAAAGAGGUUGCUUAUGGAAGAAGGAGAAUGAACCUAACAAAGAGAAAAAACAGGAGCCUGUGAUUUUUGAAAAGGUUAAGCUGAAAAGGGAUGAGUCCCAGCAAUUCAAAACCAGCCCACCAAAAUCUUCUCCGCCUGUGAUUGAUCUUUUGGGUCUUGAUGCUCCAGCUUCAGAAAAGAAGGUAACAAGUGGGAGUAUUAGCAGUGAUCUUGGCAAUAACUUGGACUUCUUUACAACAAUGACAGUACAGAAUACAGACACCAGUCAACCAAUUGGAAGCACCUUGCCAACAAGUAGUACUACCAGUUCUAUAGCAGAAAACUUGAACCUGUUUGCCGAUCCUGGAAUAAAAUCUGAAGAUUCAAGCAAAAAACAGCUCUCAAAGGACUCAAUUUUGUCACUUUAUGGCUCUCAGGCAACGCACAUUCCAGCAGUUCCUGCUCAAGGCAGUGUGUAUAUGGCCCCUGCUCAGAUUGGUUACCCAGCUGGCUACAGUCAAUAUCCAACUUUAGCCACUACAGGAGCCAUGAUUGGGGGAAUGAUGGCGCCACCAGUUGGUAUGAUGCCUCACACAGCCACUCCUGCGAUCGUCAAUCAAAUUCCCAUGCCACCCCCUGGUUAUAUGGGUAGUAUGCAGACUGCAGUCAUGAGUAUCCCUAAUGGCAUUAUGACGUCUCCAUCAGGAAUGAUGGGAGGACUAACUGCUGUUCCACAGCCCAUUUAUGGUGUUCAUCAGGCUCAGCAGCUCCAAUGGAAUAUAACGCAGGUGACUCAACAAAUGGCUGGAAUAAACUUUUAUGGCACUGGCAACGUGAUGGGUUACAGCCAGCCCAUGGGUGGUGGAGCAGCACAAGGGACCAACCAAGUGCUUGGUACACACACGUGGAAAUGAUUAGCCCCUUGAUUGUAUGUAUCUUUCAUUGCUCUGGGCAUGUUGAAACCCAGUUACCAACUCAUAUGUGACUAACAAAUUAUGUAUUUGCCUUUCAAGAUCAUCUUGUUCAAAGAAGGGGAACAUAUCUAACCAGAAUUCACAAUGAUAUUUCCAAACAUGGCUUCUUGUCGCAGUUUGUUUGGGUACUGCUUCAGUUUGAGGUUUUUGUCAUGGGAAGUACCACUUAAAGCCAACACU